AUUUGAAGCUCAAGCUUAAGCAGUACUACCGUACCGCUGAGCGCUCGCGGCAUCACUUCAUCUUUCAUGCUUUUUCUGGCGGAAUCCCAUGGACGUCUUCCGGUAGGGGCGACCACUUUCAAGUUUCCCGUAUCCACGAAAGUGCUGGGCACUACAAAGAUACGCGGGCAUGGUGGACGUUUGAAUCCUGCUUUACAACUAGAGGAAGUCGUAUUCACUGCCUAUUAUCCUGCGGACGUAAAGGGAAACAAUAUUAAGAAAGGCCUGGACUGGCUUCUCCGUCCACUGCGCGCAUCUCUACAUGGGUAUGCUCGUUAUGCAGGGGUUUCCCCUUGGUUCCUGUGGCCUAUCGUGUAUCUCUACGGUACCCUGUUGAAAAUUCCAGUUUAUUCGAACGCACCUCUUUUGAGGCAGCGCCCCACUCCAUCUCAUGGAUAUACUAGAUCUGAAUCCCAGCCUUGGCCUCUUGUUAUAUUCUCACACGGUCUGGGCGGUAGCCGGACAGCCUACAGUCAACUGUGCACUCGUCUUGCAUCCUCGGGACGAGUAGUUCUAGCCGUCCAGCAUCGUGAUGGCUCAGGUCACGCAUUCAUUCCAUCGACUACUGGACUUGGACUCUACGUCAAAGAGAAGGACUUGAUUUGGACUUCAGAUGAUGAAAAUACGAUGGACAAAUUUCGAGAGCAACAGCUAGCUUUUAGACGACAUGAGAUAUACCUUGCAUUCCGCAGCUUUAAACAAUUAGUUCAAGAUGGAUACCAAGGUUCAAGCCAUGGUUUACAGACCAUAGACGACAAAACCAUUGACUGGUCUUCGUGGACAAGCGGGGACGAUUCCAAGGCAGUCGAAUGUGACAAAGACGUCCUCCUUGCUGGACAUUCAUUUGGCGGUGCUACUGUUGCAACUAAGCAGUUCACAAUCCUUUCUACGGACCCUCCUGCCGACGUCUCCGCACCUAUUCCUGUGCAUAAAGCCUUGAUCUUGGAUCCUUGGCUGGAACCGAUCCCCUCCCCUGGCCCAUGCCCACCUCCGCAGGGACCAGGUGAUGCUUUGCCGCAGUUGCUUGUCAUCAACUCUGAGAGAUUCAGCCUCUGGAAGGAUCAUUUCACGCGACUGAUUGACGUGGUGCAAGCCUGGGAGCCCGAGAAACGGAGAGUGCUGACAAUCUUACGCUCGCAGCACGACUCGUUCUCGGAUUUUCCUCUCCUUCCGCUUGUUUCUCGGAGAGCUGCGCGCAUAGUAAUGGACAGGAUUAUGGAAUUAUCAGAGGCAUUUAUAGAUGGUGAUGUAGACACGUUUGUGGACGAAACUGCGACUAGGAAGAUGGAAAUUCGUAAAAUUGGGAAAAAGCCAGACGGUUCACCACAACGACAGUUUGUGGGAGAGUCUGAUCCUGCGGCAUCAGACACUUCCAUCCCUCUCUUUAAGUCUAUAGGUCUCUCCCAGGCCAAGGCGGCAGAAGCAGCAAAGAACGCCAAAAGCGCCAAUGUCCUCCACAAUCUGAUCGUUUCAUACGAUCUUACCAAGGCUCACCUUGAUGAAAAGCAAGCUACGCUCGUCACCGCCCUCGCUGGCCAGCUGGCCAAGACGGAAUCUAUAGAACCUAGCGAACAAGACUUUGCCGUCAAGGCAAUCUUGCAGGGGAAGCUCAAAUCCGUUGAUCAGGUCAACGCUGCUGUUAAGUACCUCGAGACACAUAAUGCGCCCAUCAACGAGCUUGAAUUCGAUACAGAGUGUGGUGUCGGCUUCAGCAUUACAUCCGAAGAGCUCUUUAACACAGUCACGAGUUACAUCCGGGAGAAUGCCGUCACUGGCUGGCCUUACCUUGGUUCCGUCAUUAGUGGGGUCAAGGCCAGCCCAGCUCUUCGAUGGGCGAAUCCCCUUGAAAUUAAGAACGCCGUCGAGAAGGCGUUUACUGAAACCUUUGGUGUGAAGGAGGCUGCGAAGCCAAAAGCUAAGGAACCUAAAAAAGAGAAGGCUCCGCAGCCAACGGCAACUGCAUCAGAGACUGGUGCUGGCUCUAGUUCAUCCAAUAGAAAACCCGUUUUUGAAGAAGGCUUCUUGGGCGCAUUGCACAAGCCAGGAGAGAACCCCCAGAACAGCCCCGAACUUCGUGAACAGCACCUACGCGCGACUGAUGGACAGGUGUGGACACGUUUUCCACCUGAACCAAACGGCUAUCUGCACAUCGGUCAUUCAAAGGCUAUCUUCGUGAACUUCGGUUAUGCCGCGCACCACGGAGGGAAGUGUUAUUUGCGCUUCGAUGAUACCAACCCCGAAAAGGAAGAGGCCAGAUAUUUUGAGAGCAUAAUCGAGGUCGUUCGAUGGCUCGGAUUUGAACCCUGGAAGAUAACCUACUCCAGCGACUACUUUGAUCAACUAUACGAGCUUGCCAUCGAGCUCAUUAAGCGUGACAAAGCUUAUGUCUGCCAUUGCACUCAGGAACAGAUUAAAGCUGAUAGGGGCGAAAAGGUGUCAGCUCCUAAAGCCUGCGUGCAUAGAUCACGGCCGAUCCAAGAAUCGCUGGAUGAGUUCAAAAAGAUGGCUGAUGGUUAUUAUCGACCCAAGGAAGCCAAUCUCCGGAUGAAGAUGGAUCUGACGGAUGGCAACCCUCAGAUGUGGGAUCUCACGGCGUACCGUAUUUUGGAUGCGGACCACCAUCGCACCAAGGAUAAAUGGAAGAUAUACCCCACCUACGAUUACACACACUGCCUCGUGGAUAGCUUCGAGAAUAUCUCACAUUCCCUGUGUACCACGGAAUUCAUUGCUUCACGCCAGUCAUAUGAGUGGCUUUGUGACGCUCUGGACGUGUACAAACCGCGGCAAUCAGAAUUUGGUCGUCUUAAUCUUCAAGGGACGAUCAAUUCGAAAAGAAAAAUUCUCCAGCUGGUAGAUGAAGGCUACGUUAGUGGAUGGGAUGAUCCUCGUCUCUACACCCUCAUCGCCCUCAGAAGGCGAGGCGUACCUCCGGGCGCGAUUUUGUCCUUCGUCAGCACAUUGGGUGUCUCAACGGCUGCCUCAAACAUCCAAAUUGCGCGCUUCGAACAAACUGUGAGGCAAUACCUGGAAGGCAGUGCACCGCGUCUCUUCAUGGUCAUGCGUCCUCUCAAAGUCGUAAUUGAGAACGUCCCCGAUGACUACCUUGUAAUGGUGGACAAACCAUUCCAUCCCAAGAAUCCCCAGCUCGGAUCUUCGCAGAUUCCAUUUACCCGCACGAUUUACAUUGACGCAGACGACUUCAGGCUGGAAGACUCAAAAGACUACUUCCGCCUUGCUCCUGGAAAGAGUGUUGGCCUAUUCCAAGCACCUUACCCGAUUACAUGUACAUCGUACAAGACUGAUUCCACCACUGGUGAGGUGACAGAGGUAUUCUGUCGUCUCGAGGAUUCUGGCUCCCCUCCGAAACCAAAGGCAUAUAUCCAAUGGGUCGCAGAACAUGCGCCUUCUGGAAGCCCUGUUCGUAUCGACGAAACAAGAAUAUUCCACCCUCUGUUCGAGAGCGAUAACCCGCUCGCAGCCGUCCCUGACUUCAGAGCUGACAUCAAUCCUAACAGCAUGGAGGUCGUCAAGGGCGCCAUGGUCGAAGUCAGCUUCUGGCCACUUGCAAAGCGGUCUAUCGCAGACGCUCUCGAGGAGGCUCGGGCGAGAUCAGCUAAAGCCAAAGCCAUCCAAGGUGCGGGCUCCCGCGACGCAGACACCCCAGAAGUCACACCAGAGCAGCUUGUCGGAAAGGAGUGUGUACGAUUCCAAGGUCUGCGUGUCGCGUACCUUGCAGUAGAUGCGGACUCUCGCUUGGGUGCUCUGGAGGAACCCUCAGAUGUUACUCCAGGAAUUAGGCAAGGCGAUUAUUUGGUACUCAACCGCAUUGCAAGUUUGAAAGAGGAUGCUGGAAAGGGGAUGUGAAAUUUACAUGACCAGUUACGAUAAGAAAGGAUCGUUAGACCUAUGUAGCAGUCGGAUUUCAGUAUGUACGACCAAUACUCAGGUUGUAGAUCUCGGUGCGAC